UUAAGGCGGAGCCGCGGGCUUUCUGGCAGCGCCGGAGCCAGGCGGCAGAGCCCGGCAGGGUUGGCACUUACCCACGACCCCCUUUCCCUGCUAUGAUGACCCAUCAGUAGCAGGUUACAGACCCCCGCCCCCGGGGUAUGUAGGCAGAGCUAGCGGCAGCCAGGUGCGCAGAGCCACCAGAGCUCUAGGGCACUCUAGGGGCAGCUCUGCCUGCUGCGCUCUCUUGGUGCCUGGGGGAAAUGCCCAACUGACGGGCGAGCUGGUGAGGACGAAAACAUACCCUUUUGGCCCAAGUCCUCUGCAUCCAUGGCACUGCCGGCCAGUUUGGUGCCCCUGUGCUGCUUGGCACUUCUGGCGCUGCCGGCCCAGAGCUGCGGCCCGGGCCGGGGGCCGGUUGGCCGGCGCCGCUACGUGCGCAAGCAGCUCGUGCCGCUGCUCUACAAGCAAUUUGUGCCUAGCGUGCCCGAGCGGACCCUGGGCGCCAGUGGGCCGGCCGAGGGAAGGGUGACAAGGGGCUCUGAGCGCUUCCGGGACCUGGUGCCUAACUACAACCCCGACAUCAUCUUCAAGGAUGAGGAGAACAGUGGUGCAGACCGCCUGAUGACCGAGCGGUGUAAGGAGCGGGUAAACGCACUGGCCAUUGCGGUGAUGAACAUGUGGCCUGGAGUACGCCUACGGGUGACCGAAGGCUGGGACGAGGACGGCCACCACGCUCAGGACUCACUGCACUACGAAGGCCGUGCCUUGGACAUCACCACGUCCGACCGCGACCGCAAUAAGUAUGGGUUGCUGGCGCGCCUGGCAGUGGAAGCCGGCUUCGACUGGGUCUACUACGAGUCCCGCAACCACGUCCACGUGUCGGUCAAAGCCGAUAACUCACUGGCUGUCAGGGCAGGCGGCUGCUUUCCGGGAAAUGCCACAGUGCGCCUGCGGAGCGGCGAGAGGAAAGGGCUGCGGGAACUGCAUCGUGGAGACUGGGUGCUGGCGGCAGACGCCGCAGGCCGGGUGGUGCCCACGCCGGUGCUGCUCUUCCUGGACCGGGACUUGCAGCGCCGGGCCUCUUUCGUGGCUGUGGAGACCGAGCGGCCUCCGCGCAAGCUGUUGCUCACGCCGUGGCACCUAGUGUUCGCCGCUCGAGGGCCAGCGCCCGCGCCAGGCGACUUUGCACCAGUAUUCGCGCGCCGGCUGCGCGCGGGGGACUCGGUGCUGGCGCCAGGUGGGGACGCGCUUCGGCCGGCGCGCGUGGCCCGCGUGGCGCGAGAGGAAGCCGUGGGCGUGUUCGCGCCGCUCACAGCGCACGGGACGCUGCUGGUCAACGACGUUCUGGCCUCGUGCUACGCGGUUCUGGAGAGUCACCAAUGGGCGCAUCGCGCCUUUGCUCCUUUGCGCCUGCUGCACGCGCUGGGGGCACUGCUUCCGGGCGGGGCUGUCCAGCCGACUGGCAUGCAUUGGUACUCUCGGUUCCUCUAUCGUUUGGCAGAGGAGCUGCUGGACUGAACGCUCCAGGCAUGGAAACCUCGAGGCGCCCGUCUAAACGGGGGCGUGCAGGCCGAGACCUGGGGUUGGGGGCAGCAGAUGAUGCGGACUGGGAUGGAGGGAGGGAUGAGGAGAAAAAUGGAUGCGAUGGUUUAGGGGCCACCUCUAACUGAGAGGUUGGGUCCUAGGUCGGUGGGGUUGAUGAUGGGUACUCCUUGACGGGGACUAUUUUGCCUCUUCUGCCCCAGUGCCUCAGCCCCACCCGAUUAUUUUAUUUUAUUUUCUAUUUAUAAAUUGUAAUAUAAUGACCUACUUGCCCAGCCUGGCAAGAUGAGGAGCUGGGGCACAGCGUUAACACUGUCUGACACAGGAGCCAAUCUGACAUUUUCCUACAGGUGGGCUAAUAAAGGGAAAACUUCCAGGAAUUUAUUGG